AUGGAAGAACUUGGAAUCGAAGGAACAGAAAUUUCGAUCGAAACAUUCGAUCAAGUUGCAAAUCUUGCUUUUGGUACUCCUCCAAAUCAGGAUGCUCUCAAUGCAAUAAAUGCUUUCUCUGAGAGAAAUGAUAUUAUGAAUUUUCUGAUUCCUUUGAUUGAAAGUCAAUGCUCUAGCCAUGCAAAAUUUGCUGCAUUUGCAGCACUAAAGCAAAACAUAACGAAAAAUUGGGAUUUUUUAGAAGAUGUAGAUAGAAUUCCAUAUAAACAGUUUAUAAUUACUAAAAUUGGUCAAUAUUUCAUGGAUGGCACCAACUCUCAGUCAUUGUUAAAUAUAGCAAAUAGCGUUUUGAUUUCAAUUCUUGAAGAAGAUUGGCCAAUUGGCUGGCCUGACUUCAUUGAUCAAAUUCUCGAAAUACAAAAUGAAAAUGUACCAUUGUUCGAUAACUACCUUUCAAUUUUCCGUAAUGUAAUUGAAGAUGUUUCUAAAAUGGCAUUAUCAAACAUAUCUUCUGCUAAAAUUACAAAUAUUUCAAAUGGUAUACCAAAAGCAUUUAUGCAAAUUGCUCCUACACUUACUACGAUCAAUACAGAAACAGAACCAAAAUAUAUCGAGUCAACUUUUAAAUUUUUAGAUGCAAUCAUGCCAUUAGUUGAUCCUUUACAACUUCUAGAUUCGCCUAUAUUCAAUAUGUGCGUCGAAGGUCUAAUAACAUUUAAUUCAAAUUUAAUGUAUUUACUUUCAAUAUUUACGUCGAUUACAAACUCCGCCUAUAGAAUUCCAAUGUAUCGUGAUACAGUUAGUGCAAAAAUUUUUGUUAAAAUAAUAGAAGCUUUAAUUUAUGGAUCUCCAAACAAUAGCGCUUAUAUAGAUUGGACCCAGUUCGGAUUAGAUGUGAUACAGAAGAUAAUUAACUGUUUUGACGCAAUGAUGACGAAAUUCAGAAUUCAAAUCGAGACUGAAGACACGAAUUCCCUUCAAACUGUGCUUUUAUGGAUUAUCCAGAUGAUUGAUGUUCAUGACGACCCUCAAGUUCAGAAGUAUGGCUUUGAAUUUUGGUCAAAUAUUCUUUUGGAACUUUACAAAGAGAAACAGCAUCAGAGCGUAUCAAAAUUCGGACUUUAUCAGAACUGUGUUGAUUUGAUACCCCUGAUUCUUCUUAAAAUAGUCAAACCUUAUGAGAUAUUUUACGGAGAAGACACAUUUAACAAAGUAAUGGUCAAAGACCUUGAAGAUUCUGAUAGUGCUUAUGCUGCUCAACGCCAAUGCCUCAUUUAUCUUAUCAAUCUUGAUCCACAAGUCGUUUUCGACAAAAUUAAUGAAUUAUUCCAGAAUACUUUUAGCGGAACUAUGGAUAUUACAGCAUUCCAACGCUUGUGCUGGAUCAUGGCGGCCAUAGCAAACGCAUUACCUGAGGAUAGCGAUGAAGGAUUCACAAAAGACGUUUUUACAACGAUGUUUUGGUAUUUUUACGGAGAAGCGAGUGAUGAAAUCAAAGCCGCAUUCGCGAAUGAAUACAUGUACAUGAUUUCAAAGAGUACAAGAGUUCUUUCGAAAAAUUACGAACUUUUUGAACAAAUAACAAAGUUUGUGAUUGAUAUGAUGUCCCAAGAUUUCGACCUUGAAGUCAUAGCUAUGGGCGUCUUCUGUUUUAGGUCUCUUUCUCAAGAAUGUAUGAAAAAAUUUAUUGAUCCAAGAGAAGGAAGCGUUUACAUCGAACAAAUACUUCAGAAUAUUGAUUCAAUGAUUCCGAACUUGGAAAGAUUCGCAAUUGUACCUUUCUUUGAGUGUCUUGCGAAAAUUAUUAAAAAUGUUUACAUUAUUGAGACAAGACAAACACUUCUUGCGAUGCUUUACACCCCAUUGAUUCAACAGUGGAACCAGAGUAUCACAGAUCUCAGUUCUGUUCAGCUUGACCAAGCAAAUUAUAUUAUUUUCCUGUUGAAGUGCUUCUCAUCGCUAUUUGGAGGUGCUGGACCUAUUUCUCAGCCUGCAAUUGAAGAGAUCUACGAGUCAGUUAUCUCUGUUUAUGAUACUUUCCUCAGAUUUAAUAUUGAAAACGACGGAAUGUUCCCUUGGAUGAAAACUAUCAUGCAAAGUUGCAUCAACGCGAUCGAAUCUUUUGCUAUAUCAAUAGAGAAAGGAUCAGAACUCAGUACUUCUUUCGCUGCUUAUUGUGCUGUGAAUUUUGCAACGACUUAUAAUGAAUCAACGCCACAACAGAGGGUUUGUGAUAUUCCUCUCAUGUUUGGAGUACUUGUCGCUGCCGGAGGAGUCUCUUUUUCUUUCGAACAAUUAGAUAAUUUGACUGCCAACAUAUUUUAUCCUACAUACUUGAUGAUACAAGAGAACCAGCAGGAUUUCUUGGCGUUUAGGAAGCCUCUGAUCAAAUAUAUCCGUGGUUUAAUUUACGGAAAUAUUAAUUACAUUUACCAGCUUGAUUCCGAUCAAAAAGAUGUGAUUGUUAAUGCUACUUUCCAUCUUGCAAACUCCCCUUACCAUGAUAUUGCUGUUGAUGCCGUUAAACUUUAUUCAGAUUUCAUAGAUCAGAAAACUAUAUCAGUUUUCAAGCCAGAAGAAAAGAAUAAUUAUCUUGCAUGGAUAUGCCAAGUUGCAUUAGUUCACUUAUCCAAGCUUUUGUCAGACAUGAUCCAUAAAUUUAUGUUUGAUGAAAUUGGAGCGGUGAUAAAAGCUUAUUUCUCUAUUCCUGUUUUGAUGAGAAACUCACAAGUGAUUACUCAAUGCCUCCAUGAACUGUUCCCUGAACAAAAUCCACAAGCACUGAAUGAUGUUGUUCAAAAUCUGAUUUCGAAAGUUGCUGUGAAAGAAGAGUUCCACACUGGUCUGAGAGAUUUGAUGAUUUCGUUAGAAAAACUCAGUGAAAAUGAUGUCCUUUUCAGAAAGAAUGUGGCUGAUCAAAUGAGGAAAUCAAAGGAAGAAGAAAAGAGACAUGUUCCUGGAAUGCUGACUUCGAUGUUCUCUACUGCUCAACGUGAAAAUGCAAUCGAGAAUGUUAACUUUGGCCUCGCUAAUCUAUCUAUUUAA